UUUGCUUUGUUUGCUUAAUUUAAGCUUAUGUCUGGUGUUAAAGUUGUCAUCUUUAUUGGAUCCUGUUGGUCAUUUUAGAUUUUGGUUUUUGAUGCGUUACUGUGCAAGCUUACAGGGGUUUUGGAGAUGCCUUGGGUGGGUACUCACAUGGGCACACUAAUUUAACUCUCUUCCUUUUUUUUUUUUUUUUUUUUUUUUUUUUUUUUUUGUGAUAAGAAUAAUUGAACUGUCUGCUUAUGAAUGAUAUAGCCCGAGUAUGUUGUGAUGCAUUAAAGAUUAUGAAGCUUUAUGAGUGUGGAAAUUGAGCCAAGUAGUUUAAGAAAGCAACAAUUAUAGUCAGUUUGACCAAGUGGUUUAAGAAAGAAAUAAUUACUCAUGAUAGGUUUCUAGGAAGUUUAUGUCGCUGGGGAAAGCAAAAUAGUGAAAGAAAUGUGGGAACUUUUUCCAUAGGAGGACAAGAUUUUGCAAUUGUCUCGUAAAUUCGACAUUUCCUAUUUAAUUUAAGAAAGAAAUAAUCUAUGGUUCCUGUUGCCGAAGAACUCCUUAAGGCCCGAACAAUACUUUACCAUGGCGUUUCCGCUUUAAUUCAACGUUUCCCCGCUUGGGCAUGCAAAUACUGUCCAGAAGUAUAUAUUGGUGAGAAUGGUCAUCUAAUACGAACUUGUCAUGGUUACCGUCGGCGUGCCAAGAAUCAGGCUCAUGAGUGGAUUAGAGGAAGCCUGAAUGAUAUUCUAGUCCCAGUAGAGGCAUUUCAUUUGCGAACUAUGUUUCAGAAUGUUAUCAAUCACCAAGAAAGAUUUGAUUAUGAUCGCAUUCCAGCAGUUGUUGAGCUGUGCUUGCAGGCAGGAGCUGUUCCAAGUGAAGAAAUUGUAUGUGGAAGUAGUUUACCCUCAAGUGUUGCUUUUCAAACUGAUUCUUUAUCUGAAGAUGAUUUGAUGUUGUUGGGAAGAGAAACCUUGAAGGCAUGGGAAGCACUUAGAUCUGGAGUGCAGAGGCUAUUAUUGGUUUAUCCAGCAAAAGUCUGUGAACAUUGCUCUGAAGUUCAUAUCGGACCUUCUGGGCAUAAGGCUCGUCUUUGUGGCGUAUUUAAGUUUGAAAGUUGGCGAGGAAGUCACUUUUGGAAGAAAGCAGAAGUGGAUCAUUUGGUUCCUCCAAAAAUAGUAUGGUACCGCCGACCCCAGGACCCUCCAUUACUCCUGGAUGACGGGCGGAACUAUUAUGGGCAUGCUCCCGCUGUUGUUGAUCUGUGUACUAAGGCUGGAGUUGUUGCUCCUUCCAAAUACUUUUGCAUGAUGAAACUUGAAGGUCUAUCGGCUCCGUCUCUGUGAAAGGAUGAUGGGAUCUUCUCCUGCUUUUAUUGGUGAAUUUCACCCAACGACCAGAAUGUGUCUAAAUUGGGUGAUUCUUCUGAAGUCGGACUACUUUUGUUCUUCAGUAACCCUAAAACUUUAAUGGAUAUAUACUGAAGAUUGUUCUAGCACCAGAUUAUUUCAUGAAGACAGGAAUAUCUUAUAAAUAUUCACGGGAGGUUUAUUCUAUUAUACUUGAGCAAUUCUCAUCGGCGGAGCAUUAUACUUUGGUUGACUAGCCACUUAAAUCCGUCACUGGGUUCUUCAAUAUUCAAAUAGGGAAAACCAAAAUGUAAUACAAUGUGCAGAUGGAAGAGAAAAAGCAGAAGAAAGUGUGAUGUUUUCAGGAUUUGAAUUUUUAUUCCUCAUGGUCGCGUCACCUUUGCUCAGACAAUCGUUCUCAUAGCGUAGAUUCUGCAUCUUCGGCACUUCUAGUAAUUAAAUAUAAUCUUUUUAAGAGCGAAAGCAGUUUCUAGCUGAUUAUCUCACAGCAACUGUUCUUCAAGAUAACUAUUCUGUCUGCUUUUAGUCUAUGGUGUUCUCAGCUAUUACUCUUCUGCCUGCUUUAGUGGAAUGAAGUGGUAAUCUAAAAGUUGCUGGUGCAUAUGUAUCGUGAUAUUUAUAGCAGGUGGAUUUGCAGUGAAAUGGAAGUGGAUUUCCAUCUCCGUUUAAGUAUCAUUAGAGGUUUAAGUCAUCAAAGAAGUGUCCAACAAGUUGCGGUUCAUAGACUUCAUUACUGUAAAGUUUCUAUUCAUUUUGUAAUAGAUAUUGUCAACCCAUUGUUGUGGCAUUUGAACUAAUGUUUUGAUACAUAUGGUAACUUUUGUGGCUAUAAUGCAAUAUAGAUUGAUA